CAGUACUUGAAGGUAGCACGACAGCGGACGUGUCUGUGUAUCUCUUACAAACAGCAGCGUCUUUCUGCGGCCAUGGUAACACUCAUCACCGCAACCCGUGUGCACGGCAAGAAAUAACAGAAAACAACUAUUCCUUGUUCAAGCUAAUGUUCAUCAUGGAUUUGGCAGAGAUAUGCGACAAUGCAAAAAAGGGUCGUGAGUAUGCUCUGCUGGGGAACUAUGAGUCCUCCAUUGUGUACUAUGAGGGAGUCAUUCAGCAGAUUGACAAGCACCAAAAGUUCCUCCGAGACCCUGCGCUUAAAAUUAAAUGGAAACAAGUCAGGCAGGAACUUACUGAGGAGUGUGAGCAGGUGAAAAGCAUCAUGGGAACUCUGGAGAGCUUUAGAAUUGGAAGGUCAGCUGAUGCUGCCGCACCCUUUUCACUUCAGUGUAAAGAAAGACCAGAGGACCCUGCUGUUUGGCCUCCACCUAUUCCUGCAGAACACAGAAUUCCUGUUCCAGGAAAACGUCCGAGUAGUGUAGUGAAGCAGCAGAAAAGAGAAACACCAGUUGUGCAGAAUCGAGGGGCAGGACCGGGCGGGCGUAGUCAGGCUAACCCUAAAGCAGACAGACCUGGACAUCGAGAUGCGCGAGGCAUGAAGGCCAAGGAGGAUAAGGGAAAGAAAGGAGCGGCAGACUUGCCAGGAGAUGCUGAGAGGAAGUUUGAUGGCACAGGCUACGACAGUGAUCUGGUGGACAUGCUGGAAAGAGACAUUGUAUCUCGUAACCCUAGCGUACACUGGGGUGACAUCGCUGAUCUGGAAGAUGCCAAAAAGCUACUGAGAGAAGCAGUAGUUUUACCCAUGUGGAUGCCUGACUUUUUCAAGGGCAUUCGACGACCUUGGAAGGGUGUAUUAAUGGUCGGACCUCCAGGCACAGGAAAAACUCUGUUGGCAAAAGCAGUGGCCACAGAAUGCGGGACUACUUUCUUCAACGUGUCUUCGUCCACACUCACAUCCAAAUACAGGGGCGAGUCUGAAAAACUGGUUCGUCUGCUGUUUGAAAUGGCCAGGUUUUAUGCACCAACAACCAUUUUUAUAGAUGAGAUCGACUCCAUCUGUGGCAGACGAGGAACAUCUGAUGAACAUGAAGCCAGUCGGCGAGUUAAAUCAGAACUUCUAGUUCAGAUGGAUGGUGUUGGGGGAGCAGCCGAGAACGACGACCCUUCUAAGAUGGUGAUGGUCCUCGCUGCAACAAACUUCCCAUGGGACAUUGAUGAGGCGUUAAGACGCCGCUUGGAGAAGCGCAUCUACAUCCCCUUACCAACAGCUGUGGGCCGUGCGGAGCUGCUUAAGAUAAACCUGAAGGAGGUGGAGUUGGCUGCUGAUGUGGACAUGGAAGUGAUAGCUGAGAAGACUGAGGGCUACUCUGGAGCAGACAUCACCAACGUCUGCAGAGAUGCAUCCAUGAUGGCGAUGCGUCAUCGAAUCCACGGCCUGGGCCUGGAGGAGAUCCAAGCUCUGUCUAAAGAUGAGCUGCAGAUGCCUGUGACAAUGGAAGACUUUACUACAGCACUCAAAAAGAUCUCAAAGUCCGUCUCCGCUGCUGACCUAGAGAAGUAUGAAGCCUGGAUGACGGAGUUUGGAUCAGUAUAGAAAAACGGCACAGCGAUACUACGCAUUGGGAGAAUGAUCUCAUAUUGGUACUGUGUUCAGUAAUUGAACUAAUUUAGUAAUUUCCUAAUUAACUACUUGAACUUUUAUUAAAUUUGUAUUCGUUUUUAACUUGUAUUUCAAACAGUGAACAACAUCCAAUAAUGAGUAUAUUUGUUUUCUGUUGUCUUUUCUCUGUGUUACUUUGAGAUUUUCUAAGAUGCACUUUCUUGUAAAUACAAAUAAAUACAUUGUGACUAAGUUAAGCUGCUCCAUCUCAUGGUGUAUAGUCCACCCAAUUUUCCUAACAUCUAAGGUGCUGUUUUUGUCAGGUUUGCCAUCCUCUGACCCCCUGAUGUCUUACCUGAAAGUUUUAUGUUUUGUUAUAGGAGACCAAAAAUGAAUUAUUUGACAGAGAUUUAAAGAAUACGCAACCAAAUUUGUUUAAGGUAUAAUGGAAGUUCAAACAAACAAAUAAGAAGCCUUUUUUGUUUUGAAGUAAUUUUACAAAAGUGAAUGUCCCACAACAGAACAUGCUGUCCUAUGAAGUGUUUUAUGUAUUUUGAUGUUUCUUGUCCACUAAUAAAACGAAUAAUGAAAGAAC